CGCGCGGCCCCGCCCCGCUGUGGUGGCCGCCUCAGCUGCGGCCGCCGGGAGGGAGGCGGCGGGCGGCGGCGGCGGAAGAUGGCGGCGGCCGCGGCGGCGGCGCUGUGGGCCUGGUUCUGGAACGAGCGUUUCUGGCUGCCGCACAACGUGACGUGGGCGGACCUAGCCGGCGAGCCGGGCCCGCCGGGCAGCGGGCUGCAGUACCCGCGGGCGGGCCACGUCCUCUCCGCCUUCCCGCUGGCGCUCGGCAUCUUCGCCGUGCGGCUGCUCUUCGAGAGGUUUAUUGCCAAGCCGUGUGCCAUAAACCUUGGCAUUCAAGACAGUGGACCUCACAGAGCCCAGCCUAAUGCAAUUUUAGAGAAAGUGUUUACAUCCAUCACUAAGUCUCCAGAUGGAAAAAGGUUAGAAGGCUUGUCAAAGCAGCUAGACUGGGAUGUUCGAAAGAUCCAGCGCUGGUUUCGUCAUCGGAGGAACCAGGACAAACCCACCACCCUCACUAAAUUUUGUGAGAGCAUGUGGAGAUUUACAUUUUAUUUAAGUAUAUUUUUUUAUGGAAUCAGGUUUCUCUGGACGGCACCCUGGUUUUGGGACACACGACAGUGCUGGUACAACUACCCUUUUCAGCCUCUAACAUCCAGGCUUUAUUAUUACUAUAUCUUGGAGCUGGCCUUCUAUUGGUCUCUCAUGUUUUCUCAGUUUACAGACAUUAAACGGAAGGACUUCCUGAUCAUGUUCGUCCAUCAUUUGGCUACAAUUGGGCUCAUUACAUUCUCUUUCAUGAAUAAUAUGGUGCGGGUUGGAACUCUGGUGCUGUGCCUCCAUGAUGCAUCCGAUUUCCUUCUAGAGGCUGCAAAGCUAGCCAAUUAUGCCAAGUACCAACGUCUUUGUGAUGCUUUCUUCAUGCUUUUUGGUGUCGUGUUCAUUGUUACACGGUUGGGCAUUUAUCCUUUCUGGAUUUUGAAUACAACCCUGUUUGAAAGCUGGGAAUUGAUUGGUCCUUAUCCUUCAUGGUGGCUAUUCAAUGGGCUUUUGGUAACCUUGCAGAUCUUGCAUAUCAUCUGGUCUUAUCUCAUCAUUCGCACUGCCUACAAGGCCCUCGUGCGGGGAAAGGUAACCUGUCCAGGUGACCUAGGCAGAGAAAGGACUCUAAACUCUUGUCUUCAUUCUUUUAUCCUUUUCUCUGUGCCAGAUUGGAGCUGGACAGUUUCACCUUUUGCAUGUAAGUGUAAUCUGUGCUGCUGCUUGUUCGCUGAAACACAUCUGUGUCUGUUUCAAGGCAAAGACAAAAGCAAAGUCUUGGGGCUUUAGGUGGCUGGUGCCUUCUCUUAAAAAUGUUCCUCCCCCUGGUUGAUACAGUGCUGGUUCUGACAGUGUACUGAAAUGCAGGUUUUCCUGAAAUGUCAGAGCAGUAUCCUGGGGUUUGUUCUUAUCUGCUGUCAGCUGGCUGUGUGACCUUCACCUUUCUGCUUUUAUACGCCCACAGAGACUCUGAUAUCUGUCUUCAGUGCUCAUUAACACUGUGCUGAGUGGAAGAGGAUGGGAGAAAUGCAAUGCUUUUUUGUAGAACGGAGUAGAACAGUCCCUUGUCCCCCAAAUAAUGGGAAAAAAGUAAAGGGAUUUCUGCUUCCUUCCAGUGACCCUCUGAACUUCCAACAUAGCAGGAGAAUGGGGAAAAAUAUCAAAAGUUCUGCCAACAGACAGAAGCCAGGACAUCCAACAGGCCUAUCAAAACCAAUCCUGGAGAUCAUUAACUUUACCUGGCUUUCUGCCGGAUCUUCCCUUGAGUUCAAAAACUUCCUGCCUGGAAUGCUGUUCCAAAACCCUAACCCUGACUCUAAAGCAAGCAGAAGAGAAUGAAAUCCUGACAUUCCUGGGAAGGUGCUAGCCCCAAAGUACAUUGCACAUUAAGUAAAUGAGGGUUAUUAGUGCCCAGGCAGAAGUGUGGAGAGCCUGCCUUGGGGUAUGCAAAGCAUGGGCAAUUCACGCAGGCACUGCUGGGCACUGGUGAGUUUAUGGCUCUGGCACCCCGCCACCAACCAAGGUGCUUGUUUGCCGUUAGGGCCGGGUUUAUCAUCUCUGCCCUUCACCUUCUGGGGUGGUUGGGUCUGUGGUGCUGGUGCAGUGCCCUCCUGCGGCACGCGGAGUUCAAACUCCCACGUACAAAUCAAAUUCAGGCGGAUUUGCAGUCGGUCUUUUUAAUUAAAGGCAUAACUCUGUAAAGCUAAUGUCGAUCUCUGGGCAGAGAUGCUCCUUCUGUGCCUGACGGGGUGUUCGCUGCCUUAGGUGGUUGUCUUUGUUUACAGCCCGCUGUCCAAAUAGGCGUUCACUCGUAAAUGAGUUCUCGUGUAUGAACCACAAGCUGUGAAACAGGGAGGCACUUUGUGCAAAUAGCAAUGUGAUAGAGUCAUAGGAUCGUUUAGGUUGGAAAAGACCUUUAAGAUCCAUUCCAGCUGUUAACCCAACACUACCAAGCCCACCACGAAACCAUGUCCUGAAGCACCACGGCUACACGUCUUUUAAAUACCUCCAGCGAUGGAUGGUGAGUCCUCCACCUCCCUGGGCAGCCUGUUCCAAUGCUUGACAGCCCUUCUGGUGAAGAAUUUUUUCUUAAUAUCCCAUCUAAACCUCCUGUGGCACAACUUGAGGCUGUUCCCUCUUGUCCUAUUGCUUGUUACUUGGCGGAAGAGACCGACCCCCACCUCGCUACAGCCUCCUUUCAGGUAGAGCGAGGUCUCCCCUCAGCCUCCCUUUCUGCAGGCUGAACACCCCCGGUUCCCUCAGCCGCUCCUGGUGAGACCUGCUCCAGACCCUUCACCAGCGUCCUUGUUCUUUAGACGUACUCCAGCCCCUCGUUGUCUUGUCUUGUAGUGAGGGGCCCAAAACCAAACACAGGAUUCAGGGUGGAGCCUCACCAGUGCCAAGCACGGGGGGACGAUCGCUGCCCCAGCCCUGCUGGCCACACCGCUGCUGAUACAAGCCAGGAUGCUUGUGUGGCCACCUGGGCGUACUGCUGGCUUGUAUUCAGCCAGCUGUCGUCCAACACCCCCAGGUAAAUAGAACUGGUUGAUUUUUAAAAUAUCAAACCCACUCCCUGCAGGACAAAAUGUUCUAAAGUUGAUGUGUUCAUGUGUUUUGGUCGUCACACCCACUGAUGAUUAUGGCAUGAGAAAUUUUUUGAUUCAAACCAAAUCUGCUUGGAAAAGUGGCCUUUAACCAAACUAGAAUUGCAGCUCUUGGAAGACAAGAGCAACCGGAGCUCUGUAGUGUCCUCUGAUCUGGUGAGAGCAAAAGAAGCGUGGUGCUGUCACGGGUGUACGGUGUGUUUGGAAAAAUGGAACUUUUAUUUCCAAACUGCCCUUGUCAGUGUCUGUGUUUUCCAUUCUGUAUGUGAUGACAGGUUCCCCCUUGUGAGUUUGAAGGGAGCAGAGAUCAAAGAUCAAACACAGAACGUAGAUGUAGCUGACUGAAGCUGGUUACUCCUGUGGACACAACCUUCUAACUACUGUUUUCUGUGAAUUUUUCGACUUCCUUUCCCCCCUUCCCGCUACCAAAUUUCAUAUGAAAC